AUAGCCAUAUCGAAUGCCAUCCCUAAUUGCUAUUUACACGUGCAAUUUUGGCGUUUGUUUUUAAUGUUUUUCAACUACUUGUGGAGUUAUUUAUCAACAUAAACUCAGCACAAUGUCUGCAAUUAUCGCUGGCAGUAGAAAUACAAAACCCACGGAACCCCACAAAUCAUGGAAGAAGAUAAACGAGGAGCGUAAGUCACUUAAACGGCAACGGAAGCAGGACAAGGCGCUAAAGGAUUUGCAGAGGGCGCAGGAUGAUGAAGCGGCGGCAAAGGAUGCCUCUGAAGCAGCAAAAAAUGUGAAGCCCAAUCCAUCAACUGUGAGCAUAGCCGUGCCAGGAUCUAUACUGGAGAACGCGCAAUCCGCCGAACUGCGUGCGUAUGUUGCCGGACAAAUUGCCCGGGCUGCUUGCAUAUUCCGGGUGAAUGAGGUUAUUGUAUUCGACGAUGUGGGCGUGGCAACAGCUCGCGAGACAAAGCGUAGCUACGAACAGGAUGCCGAAGGCAAUGGAUCGGCUACAGUGAGGAGUAGUUCCCUGCAAUUGGCGCGCAUUCUGCAAUAUCUGGAGUGUCCACAAUAUCUGCGCAAAUACUUCUUUCCCCUGCACAAGGAUCUGAAGUACUCGGGAUUGCUGAAUCCACUGGACACGCCACAUCAUCUGCGACAGCAGAGCAAGUUUCGGUAUCGCGAGGGCGUCGUGUGCGACAAACAGGCCAAGGAGGGACACAGCUAUGCAAAUGUGGGCUUGUUGAAUGAUGUGCUCAUCGACAAGGCCCUGGAGCCAGGUGUGCGGGUGACAGUCAAAAUGGAGCCACCAAGUGAGACGAGCAGGAAACAGCGCGGCACAUUGGUCAGUCCGGACGAGCCACGUCGGGAGACCGGAGUCUACUGGGGAUAUCAGGUGCGCAUUGCGCACUCGCUCUCCGAAAUAUUCACAAAAUCACCCUACGAAGGUGGCUACGAUGUGACAGUGGGUACAUCGGAUCGCGGCACCAACGUACACGAUGUGCCCAGCAAAUCGUAUCAAUACAAUCAUAUGAUUAUUGUCUUUGGCGGACUGCAAGGUCUCGAAGAGGCAUUGGAAAACGACGAUAAGUUGACGGUAGACGAACCCGAAAUGCUCUUCGAUCACUAUGUAAAUGUGUUGCCCAAACAGGGAUCACGCACCAUACGCACGGAGGAGGCGCUGCUCAUAGCGCUAGCUGCUCUACAAGAGAAACUGCAGCCACAGCAUGCAGAUGUGGAGAGUGAUCUGAGUGAUCUACUGCCGCGUAGUGAGGAUACCGGCAUCACUAUGACACGCGAUGUCCUGGUGAGCAAGAAAAAGAAGCGUAAAUUCGAAGAGAAGCCUGAAAAUCAGGCCGAAUCAGAGCCAGCUUCAACACCAACACCCACACCAGCGACAAUUCCAAUUGCAACUCCAAAACCAGCUCCGCUGCAUGCAAAUCCAUUCAACGAUCGUGCAUCACAAGCUGCUGCCACAGAGGCAGAUUUUGAGGUGGUGCCUGCCACAAAGGCUGUGGCAUCUCCUGCAGCUAAGGCCAGCAAUGGCAACGAUGUUGAUUUGAGUCGAUUCGAUUGAGUUCUCUGCAAUGUUAAUAGAAUUACAUUUUUCAAUUUAUUGUUUUUUUUUAACUAUAUUUGUUAACUAUAGUGUAUACUCCCCAAAACUCUUAAUAUACAUAAUAUAUAUAUUGAUGACAUUGCAGUGAUUUCUUUUGCAUAACUAGCUGUAUCUGUAUCUUAAUAUCUGAGAGAUACCCUUUGAUUUUUGUUCAUAACGCUCUAAUAACAUUUGACUUAUGCAUCUAUACAAAAAUGUUGGAAUGUGUCUUAUCUAAUUCUAAUCUGUUCAACGUCUCUUAAUACAAUACUCGCUUUUGUUGGGUUGAGCUUAAAAUGCAGCGUUCGAUAUACAUAGGCAGAUAUAAGCAGCUAUAGGCAUUUACUACAUACGAUAUAUAUAUAGUAUAUACGAGUAAUAGGCGUUAUUCAGUCAAGUCACUUGCACUGUCAACAUAAGACACAAAGAAUUUGAUAACAAUGGUGCGCUUAUCAUACAAUUUAACUUAAUACAACUCUAGUACAAAAUAUAGUAUACCUAGAAAC